GCGGGGAAGUUGGGAAGUCUGUCGAGAAGCUAAGGGAGUCUUGCAUAUACUCCUCCGUCAGGAAGAACACUAGUCUACAGUUUUAGGUGAAAAGGACGCGCAAACACACGUAGCAGCCUCCAAAGCUUUGUGUUUUUUUCCACGUCGCAAGAAAUUUCGAGAACGAUGGUGGUCAAGGUUUACAUCGCGACGUCUUCCGGAUCAACCUCAAUCAAGAAACAGCAGCAGGAUGUCACUGGGUUCCUGGCGGCCAAUAAGAUUGAUUUUGAAGAAUGUGACAUUGCAGCCAACGAAGAGAACAGGAAAUGGAUGCGGGAAAAUGUACCAGUAGAUUCCCGACCAGCCACAGGGAACCCUCUCCCACCUCAGAUUUUCAAUGGGGAGAAAUACUGUGGGAACUAUGAGGACUUCUUUUAUGCACGAGAAGAGAACGCUGUGUAUGCUUUUCUAGGCUUGACUGCUCCCCCAGGUUCUAAGGAAGCUGAGGCGCUAGCUAAAAAAGAACAACAGUAGUCCACAGCAUCUUCAGUUACCUGCUAUCUCUUAGGCUGCGACGCAACUCUACUGUUUUCUUUCUAAACUAAGGAUGUAACAAUGUGUUAUGUGCUUUCAAUCCUACAAUUUUAUGCCUUCACUUUAAUUAUCUCCCCAUAAAAUUUGACCAUGCCAUCCUACUUGCUCCUGAUGUCUUACAGACUGUGUGAAGGUCUUACAACUGUGCAUUACUUGCUCUUUACUUGAAGAAAAAUAGGCUGUCUGCCAUUCUUCUGUUUGUGAAGUUAAAAAAAGGAAGCCACUGUCUGUUGCAUACAUCUGUACUGUGGUAUUCAUUUAUAAUGUGCCAUAAGCAAGUGACUGAUUAUUGCCUGCAUUAUAACACAUAUUGCACUUAGAAUUGAUCAAAAUGAAUACUAUAAACUCAUGUUUGAGUUAAAACAAUUUUCUGUUAAAUAAUGUUAAAGAGCUACAGUAGGAAGUAAAUAUAAAUUUACUAGCCUUUAUUAGAAUAAAGUCUAGUCACUAGUGCUUUUGCUUUAGCCGUUGCUGUUUUGUGUCAAAAACUGCAUUUUGUCUUUCAGUGUUUGAGCUUUUGGUGACCAUUAAAGGUACACUAUGUAUAACCACAUAAAGGUUUAA